UUUUGUUUUAUCAAAAUAAACGUGCGCGAAUCGCGAGCUGAAAAAGAGUCCGUGCUUUAUAUUUGCAAAAUUCCUGACAAUGUCGAUCACUGUUUGGUAGAAUUCCGCUCGGUGAAGGUUGAAUUUUCGGUGGGUUCUGCAGCGUCCGCAAAGUUGGGUGUGCAUCAUUGAGUGCUGUGCCGUGAUAAGCAAGAAGACAGAAGAAACGCGAUGACCUCGACGGAAGCUGUGGACUACUUGGAUGAUAAUAAUGCGUUCUGCGAGAAGAUCAUCAACGAGAUCUACGCCGUGUUCCUGAAGGAUCCGGAGCUAACUGGAUUUGAAAUAAUACCUAUGCCAUCCAACACGAACAAAUCGCCCGUCAUCCACAUCGAGCACAACCUUGGGUUGGAGUCAUGGUGCGUCCAGUAUAUCUACGUGUACGCUCAUCGUCUGCUGCUCCGACACAAAGCCGAAUGCCUCAAGCUUUCCGGAGGAGGUUCGAGUUCGACCAAUCUCGUCGGCAGCAGUUCCGGGACAAUGCUGAUGUCCAGCAGCACCACCGGAAACAAUGCAAUCAUCAAGUACCUGAACUGUGCCAUCUUGAUCAAUCCGGAUGUGGCGACAUUCUGGAACGUACGGAGGCAACUUUUCGCUAAAAAUCGGCUAGACAUCACAAAGGAAUUCCAAUUUUCUGCGCUGGUGCUUAGUAAAAAGUCCAAAUCAAAUGAAGCGUUCGCUUAUCGGCGGUGGUUGUAUUUGUUUCAAAGUUACGAUGCCAUCGACUGGGCUUUCGAAAUUGGAUUGUGUGAGAAGUGUGCCGACAAGAGCACAACCAACUAUCACGCCUGGUGCCAUCGACAGUGGGUCAUCAUGAAGGCUCCUCAGUUGCUGAAAUUUGAGAUCUACAAAACGGAAAAGUUCAUCCGUAAGCACAUCCACGACUACAGUUGCUACAACCAUCGACAGUUUGUUCUAGCGAAAAUGUCCGAAACGUCGUUUUUCGAUGAGCAUGACGGAAAUGACUUUGUUGAGCUUAUGGGGUAUACCAGUUCUUUGGUUGACUCACCUGUUAAAACAGUGGAUGAUCUGCUGCGUUGGCUUGUCCCAACUGUCGAUAGAGAUAACUUAAACGAAUUAAAGAUUCGAUCGUUCUUACUUUGCCUUAACUUAGCGGCGUACGAUUUGCGAUUUUGUGACGAGCUAAAAUCAACCUACGGCGAAUCACUAGCAUUUGAAAAUCAUCGUCGAUUUAUGAUAAAGUUCAUCAUUGACCGUUGUCGAAGCGCAGCCAACAUCCUAAAACACGACACUAACGGACAAUUUUCCGCCACGUGCAAUCAACCAAUGACGAAAAUCACAAAACUAGACGAACAAGACAGUGCUUUCAUUCGAGCGAUUGCAAGUAAAGAAAAGACGAGAUCCACGCAUCAACAUAAAGUAUGGUGCAAACUGUUCUUAGGAUUUGAUUUUGAAUAAGAAAUGCUCUAGUAGAUCAUUUGUUCUGUUAUAGGUAACACACACAGACCGUAGCACAUGUUUUUAGUAAAGUUCCUAAUUCUUUAAGUAGCGCUCCAAUGAACAAAUUCUUCUCACUUUUCUACUCCAGAAAGCUUCUUUCGUACUUCACAUAGCACUGUCGAGCCCGAAUGUUUGUUUUUAAUAUUUUAUUUAUGUUCUAUUAACUGUACUAGGAUAGAAGUGAUAAGACAGUCUCGAAAAAUGUAGUGAACAAGAUAAAAAAAUAGCCUGAAAUGUGACCAGUUCAGUAUGGAUCCUCUGGAACAGUCAUUAUAUUAAUGAUAGUUAGUUUUUGCUAAAAGUUUGAUUAUUUUGAAA